AGUAAAAACUUUCUGACAAUUAUCUGGUCACUGUGCACGGCCGUGUUUGUGUGUGGAGGCAUGAUAGGUGCGUUCGCCGUUGGCUUCGUAGCAGAUAAACUGGGCAGAAAAUAUACCGUCAUGUUGAACGCUGUCCCAACCAUGGUAGGAGCGGUGCUUAGUUUUGCGUGUGUUUAUGCUGGUUCGCCUACCCUACUUCUGAUUGGUCGGUUCAUAACUGGAAUAAGCUGUGGAGCUGCCACACAACUCGGGCCGAUGUACAUGCUUGAAAUGGUACCUUUCAGUUCGCGGGGGGCCAUGGGUACUUUAUUUGGCACGAUCCUUUCGAUUGGCGUCGUCGUCGGUAGUGUACUUGGGUUGAGUAAUUUAUUGGGUACGAAAGAUAAGUGGCCAAUUCUCUUCCUAAUGAAUACAAUUCCUGGCUUCGUCAGUUUGUUCAUCUUCCCUUUCUUCCCCGACAGUCCGAGGUUUCUAAUGGUAGCUAGGGAGGACAAAGAAGGUGCCAUUAAAGCUCUGCAAUGGUUGCGCCGGCGUGACGAUGUUCUAGACGAAAUUGGCGAAAUGGAAGUAGAAUCAAGAAACCAAGGGCCAGAUGACUCGUAUACAAUAUUGAAAAUAUUAAAAACAUAUGAAUACAUCAAUCCUCUGAUUGUCUGCCUGAUUCUCCAAGUGCUGCAACAGUUCUGCGGCAUAAACGCCAUCACU